CCUUUUAAAUACUGUCAGAUUUCAGUUUAGAUCAAUUUUGAACUUCGAUGAAUUUUGGGAUUAUUUUAGGGAAUUUUAUGUGAUUUAAUGAUUUGAGUUUUCUGAAUUUAUUUGGGAACCGCCGAGAUAGGGUUUGCAGAAACACACUUGAUAGAAAUUUUCUUACAAUGCCAUAUUUGGGUCUUUCUUGAACAUUAUUGGGCCCAUUAUUUGCAUUAUUUGAAAAUUUUGUUUAAAUUAUUUCUAUUAGUUGAAUUUAUCUCAAUCUGUACAUCUAGAACCUGUCAUUGAACAAUUCUUGACAACAAUUUUCCUGAUGGAAGAAGAAAUUCAGCACCAUGUCUUGCUGGCACAUGAUCCGUCCCCAAAGUUUGUUGCAUGUCUGGAGCAUCCGUGUGGCAACCAAGGAAGAGUUUUAAGCAAGAAAGAGAGGAUGCGUCGGUGGCUCUGUUGUACAUGUUCUAUUGAAGACUCUUAUAAGCAGGCUGAUAACGAUUACUUGAAGAGCCCCAAUGACCUCACCGAUGGAAACCAAAAAGGCUCUAAGCAGUCUACCCCAGCCAAUGGUGGAGAUAUACAGAAAGUACCCCCAAUUGAAGUUCCUGCAUUGCCAUUAGAAGAACUUAAAGAGAAAACUGACAAUUUUGGAUCAAGAUCUUUGAUUGGUGAAGGAUCCUAUGGGCGAGUCUAUUAUGCGACUCUAGACAAUGGAAAGGCUGUGGCGAUUAAGAAGCUUGAUGUUUCGAAUGAGCCUGAACCAAAUACAGAAUUUUUAACUCAGGUUUCUAUGGUCUCAAGUCUGAAGCAUGACAAUGUGGUUGAGUUGCUGGGCUACUGUGUUGAGGGAAACUUCCGUGUAUUAGCAUAUGAAUUUGCAACCAUGGGUUCUCUACAUGACAUACUGCAUGGAAGAAAAGGAGUUCAAGGAGCUCAGCCUGGUCCAGUGCUUGAUUGGAUGCAGCGAGUGAGAAUCGCUGUUGAUGCUGCAAGGGGACUUGAAUACUUGCAUGAAAAGGUCCAACCGUCUAUCAUUCACAGAGACAUCAGAUCGAGCAAUGUCCUCCUAUUCGAAGAAUUUAAAGCCAAAAUUGCAGAUUUCAACCUUUCAAACCAGGCUCCAGAUAUGGCUGCUCGGCUUCAUUCCACUCGAGUCUUGGGAACUUUUGGUUACCAUGCCCCAGAGUAUGCCAUGACUGGUCAGCUGACACAGAAGAGUGAUGUGUAUAGCUUUGGUGUCGUUCUUUUGGAGCUUCUUACGGGCCGGAAACCAGUGGACCACACGAUGCCUCGAGGGCAACAGAGCCUUGUUACUUGGGCAACUCCUAGACUGAGUGAGGACAAAGUUAAACAAUGCGUGGAUCCGAAGUUAAAGGGAGAGUACCCACCAAAAGGAGUUGCCAAGUUGGCUGCUGUGGCGGCAUUAUGCGUUCAAUAUGAGUCUGACUUCCGACCAAACAUGAGCAUUGUUGUCAAGGCAUUGCAACCAUUACUCACACCAAAGCCUCCUGUUGCAAUUCCUGAUCCCAGCUGAAAACAAACUCGAAAGGGCAUGAAGAAAGAGAACUGGUCUGCUCAUCACACGUGCAUUUGAGUGUGAGGUUGUACCUGGGGUGAUUUGGUUUCAAGGUUGCUUUGAUUUGGUCUAUUUCCAUCACUCGAGAAAUUAAAAUUCGGGUUUGGGUGGUACCCGUGCCCUUGUUUUGGUGUUUAUAUAGGACUAUAUUCUUUCAAACUGUUUUUCUUCAUUUUUUUCUGUUGAUUGUUCAUAGCUGUGACUUGAGUGUCUGAUUUGGAAUGAUCACAUUUGCUGUACUGUGUUAGUUGCUGACAAUUGUUGCAGGUUACACGGGAAAAGAGAGAUUGUUUUUUCUCUCCUUUUUGUUUUUUAGUAGCUGUGUUAUUCCAACUUAUGAUUUAAAUUUCUGGUCAUGUAUGCUUCAUGUGCAUGCGAGUGCUAUAUGCGCCACGGUGCAUUUUAUGCCACGGUUUGUCAUCUGUAAUGGAAAUUCUCUUUAUAUUUUUUCAGAAACGAUAUUUAUACCCCUAUUUGUUGAUGAAUUUUGGGCCAUUCAUAGUAUGUUUGGCUGCUGCA